AUGAGCAAGAAACAAAGGAGGCUAGCGAGCAAGCAUGAGAACUUCCUCCGAAAAUCAAGAGAUCGAGUGGCUGUGUUCAUAACGUUCGUUGACAACCUUCAAAAGGAUGAAUACCCUGCCAUUGAUGCUGAUGAGAAAGUUGAUUCAGAGGAAAACGUGUUGAAAGAAUUUCAGAAGGCACAGCGUCCUGCAGCAGAGAAGGAAACUUCUUACACCCCAUUUGUUCCACAAGCUGCUCCAUCCAGCUAUACAGCUAAUGAAGCAGAUGCUAAUUCUGGUAAGACACCAGAACAACGUGCCCUUGUUGUGGAAUCCAGAAGGCAGGAGGUCUUGUUUUUAGAUAAUGAGAUUGCUUUCAACGAGGCUAUCAUUGAAGAAAGAGAGCAUGGCAUUCAAGCAAUUCAGCAGCAAAUUGGUAAAGUAAAUGAAAUUUUUAAAGACCUUGCUGUGCUUGAAUUAAAAACCGAAAAAAUCGACCGAACCAAACCGCUAUUAGUUCAGUUCGAUUCGGUUGUUGUAAAAGCAGCAAACCGAACAGUUGUGUUUGUAGGAACUGAACAUAUCGGUUCGGUUGGUUUUUGA